CGUCACGUGACCGCCGGCGGCGGCCAAGAUGGCGGCGUCCUGCGUGGCCCUGGCGGCCGUGGCGCUUCUCCUGCCGCCACUGCUGCUCGUCGCCCGCAAGCGCUGGGCGCGGGGCCGCGCGGUCCGGCACGUGGCGGUCGUGGUGCUGGGCGACGUGGGCCGCAGCCCCCGCAUGCAGUACCACGCACUGUCGCUGGCCAAGAGCGGUUUCUCCGUGACCCUCCUGGGUUUCUGCAACUCCAAGCCUCACGAUGACCUCCUGCAGAAUGACAGAAUCCGGAUUGUGAGUCUGACGGACCUUCCGAGACUGGCAGUUGGGCCUCGCCUCCUCCAGUACGGGGUCAAGGUCAUUUAUCAGGCAGUGCAUUUGACGUGGAAGUUGAUGUGGACAGAGCCCGCAGCCUACAUCUUUCUCCAGAACCCCCCGGGCCUGCCGGCCAUUGCCGUCUGCUGGCUCGUGGGCUGCGUCUGUGGGAGCAAGCUCGUCGUCGACUGGCACAACUAUGGCUACUCCAUCAUGGGUCUGGCCCACGGCCCCCGCCACCCUCUUGUUCUGCUGGCCAAGUGGUACGAGAAGGUCUGCGGGCGCCUGGCCCACCUGAACCUGUGCGUGACCCACGCGAUGCGCGAGGACCUGGCAGAGAACUGGGCCAUCAGGGCCGUGACCGUGCACGACAAGCCGGCCUCCUUCUUCAGGGAGACGCCCUUGGACGCGCAGCACUUGCUCUUCAUGAAGCUCGGCCGCACCUACCCUGCCUUCCGGGGCCCCGCCGCCCCCCAGGACCCCGGCACCGAGAGGUCGGCCUUCACGGCGCGGGACGUGCGGAGCGGGGCUGUGACGCGCCCUCACGGGCGGCCGGCCCUGCUGGUCAGCAGCACCAGCUGGACAGAGGACGAGGACUUCUCCCUCCUGCUGGCCGCGCUAGAAAGGUUUGACCAGCUGCUUCGUGACGGGGAGAGCCUGCCGCCCCUCGUCUGUGCCAUCACAGGCAAGGGGCCUCUGAAGGAGUUCUACGGCCGCCUCAUCGCCCAGAAGCGCUGGCGGCACGUCCAGGUGUGCACGCCGUGGCUGGAGCCCGAGGACUACCCUCUGCUUCUGGGGUCGGCGGACCUGGGCGUGUGCCUGCACAAGUCGUCCAGCGGCCUGGACCUGCCCAUGAAGGUGGUGGACAUGUUCGGCUGCCACCUGCCCGUGUGCGCCGUCAGCUUCCGCUGCUUGCACGAGCUCGUGCGGCACGAGGAGAACGGCCUGGUCUUUGAGGAUGCAGCCCAGCUGGCCGCCCAGCUGCAGAUGCUUUUCUCGAAAUUCCCCGAUCCCGCCGGCAAACUCAGCCAGUUCCGGAAGAACCUGCUGGACUCGGAGCUGCCGCGCUGGGAUGAGAGCUGGGAGCGGACGGUGCUCCCGCUGCUGGCCGACACGUGAGCCCGGCGGGCUGCAGGCGUCGCCCAGUGGCGGGAGCUGGGGCUGCAGCCUGCGGGCCUCACGGCUCCCAGUUUAUUUCCGGGCUCCUCGUCUCCAUCUCCUGGUUCCCUGAUUUUUGGGCCCCUCCUGGGACAUGGCUACCCCCAGCUCCCCAGAGGAGUCCUGUGGGCCCCGUGGGCCUGUCACUCGCACGCGACCCUCCUCAGCAG